AUGGCCCCUAAAGGCACGCGUCGCCGCCAGAAAGGCUACGCUAGCGAGCCAGAGGACGAAGAAAGCGUUGAGAACUUGCUGGACUUUGUACCUGGGCCAACUUUACCGGCUGUGCCCAUUGCAAACUCGUGGAAUUACGGCGCUACGUCAGGGACAGGUCUUCCCCGAAAGAUGGCAUUGCAGCCAGCGCUGGAUGCCAAUCGAAUGGCUAAAAGAAUAAACGCUGGCCUUGACAUGGCCGAAAAACGGUCGGUCAGCCCUCCUUCGAGAAAGAUCUCAAAUGGCAACCUUGAGCCCUUGGGGACUCGUUAUCGAAAGACUGCUGCUAAAAAUCCGGGCCCCGUUCCUCGAAAAACCAAGCGGCAACCCACUCCAGACCAGACUCAGCUUACGCAUACAUUACAUGAUGCAACUACUUCGCCGCCUGGAUCCGAUGUCACACUUUCACCUCCCGUCGCACAAACAGUCUCCACGGACUCUAGUUCCCCUGUUGACCCGCCUUUACCACGCCGACUGUCUGGAUCGUCAAAUGAACCUCUUUACCCGUCGCCACUCAAGCGACGUGGAAAUCGCAACACGGAUGCUAUUGUACGGAGCACGCCUGAUCGACAGAGCUCGGUCGAUAAUGCCUCCGAGGUGUCGUGGAAUCUAGAGCGUGAUAUUCACGAAGACGACUUGCAACGCACUCGACCAAGCAAAUAUCGUGGAGAACCACAUGGCCAAAAUAUUACCAAGCCUCCUCGGCGUCCUUCGGGCUUGUCCAUGAUUCAAGACACGAUUUUGGAAGAAGAGGAAGAGCAAUCGGAGCUGCUCUCUCAACCACCGAGAAAGAUUCAACCGGUUUUUGAGACCGAAGCCGUACCGCCGUCGGUGGAAUGGGACGCGCCUGUGCGGACCAUCAUCCCACAAGAAUACGAGUCAAGACCCAUCUCGGCGGGUUCCACUGCAGGUUCUCGCAGAGAAAGUUUGGCUCAGCAGAUUUGGACUGCGAUGUCAUCGCAACAACCUGGGAGCCGUACAAAUAUACCCUUCACACCCAAACGUCGGAUCAAGUGGCUCCGUGUCAUCCUUAUUUUGUUUCUUCCCCUGGCUCUUGUCUAUGCUUUCCUGUACCAGGAUGAGAUCCUGCAGAACCUCCAGACCGACGCCUUGACAAGAAUUCGCUGGUGCGUACCCUUUGGAAGAUCUCCAAUCGACUUCUCGUCCAAUGGGACCGAUUCUGCAGCCUUCCACGGCCUUCAAUACAAAGUAAAGAACAUGAACUCGCAAGUGUCGUCUCUAUCGCGCGAAAUCGGUUCGUUACGGUCAGAACUUGCUCAAUCCCCGCGAACUACUGCCAUUAUUGACCCUGGCCGGCCUACUAAGCCAGUGCCAAGGAUUAAUUUUCUGUCUCCGGCUCUGGGGGCGCUCGUUGAUCCGAGUGUGGAAAGGACUUCUCCAACCGCUGGCCAGAAGCUAUCACGGCCCCAGAAAGCUUUCCAAUGGGUAUUUGGGACCCAGUAUGGCGUUCGGACCCCGCCCCCUCCCGUAACUGCUCUGGAGCCCUGGAGCGAUGCCGGGGACUGCUGGUGCGGGACCCCUCGCGAUGGAGUUACCCAGCUGAGCGUCGUACUGCAACACCCGAUCGUCCCUGAAGAGUUUGUGGUUGAACACAUUCCCUUCGGUACAACCCUGGAUCCAUAUGCUGCACCCAAGGACAUUGAAGUCUGGGCUCAUUAUGGCGUGUUUCCCUCGUCGAAACUAAAGGUUGAAGAAGAAUCGGAGCCGUCCCUCACUUGGAGUCAUUUGAACCCCUGGAGGUCCGAGGCACGAGAAGCAAAAGAGUCGGGCCUCACGAAAGCCGACAACACCGUCCCCGUGACCAAGGAUACUCUGCCUCUGGUGGUGAUGAGCACCCUGCGCAUAGCCAAUAAAGGCGUACCCGAGAGUGAAUACUCGAAUGAUCUCACGCUAGGCCGAGACUUUUACCGCAUCGGCAAGAUGAGGUACGACAUCUAUGGCGAGGACAAUGUACAGCGCUUCCAAUUUGAUGGCAUCAUUGAGAUUCCUCAUCUUCGUGUGGAUCAGCUCACGUUCCGGAUGACGUCGAAUUGGGGCUCGAACCGUACGUGCAUAUACCGAUUCAAGCUCCAUGGGCAUCUUUAA